GUCGCGGUGUGACCGAGUUCUUAUCGCGUUGUGAUGAAACCAGUUAUCAAUGCGAAUUUCAAUCAGUAUUAUUUAGCUGUGUUUACGUUACAGUGCUUUGAAGUAAAUCUUUAAAGAACUUUGGGAUAUUUUAGUGUCAAAAUAAGACACCAAGAUCUGGAAGUCUAAUUUGCUGUCAAUGGUGUAUAACUAUGAUGUUUUUGGAUGUUGAUAAACGAUUGCACCUGAUGAAACCUCGUCUUAUCUUCUUCAAACAUAAACUAAAAAUGCUUAUGAUGCUGUUCUUACUAGCCGUGGUUAUCGGUCUAAUAGACGCUGCACCAAAAGACAUGACGCUAAAAUCUGUGCUAGUACUUUCCCGCCAUAAUAUACGGACACCGUUGACGGGAAGGCUUGAAGAAUUUUCAGAGAAAGAAUGGCCUAAAUGGGACAAAGAUCCUAGUUAUUUAACAGAUAAAGGCUUCAUACUAGAAGGGUAUAUGGGAGAAUUCUUUUACCACUGGUUAAGGACAGAAGGAGUUUUACCAGAAGGUUGUCCGGAUGACUCAGUAUACAUAUACGCUAAUACGCGCUCAAGAACGAAAGACACAGCUAUAGCAUUCGCCAAAUAUGCAUUCAAAAAUUGUGAUACUCCCGUCCACUUUCUAAAUAUAGAAGAAAUGGACCCAAUUUUCAACCCUGUGAUACAUAACACUACAGAUGAAUUUAGAAAGAUGGUGACACAAGAGAUUGAGGCAAAGUUAAAUGAUCUAGACCUGACUGAAACGUUUGAAGAACUUAACAGAAUUGUUGCAUUGAACGAAUCUGAAAAAUGCAAAAAUGAAGGUUACUGUGAUUUUACCGAAGUUAAGAAUACAGUAUGGUUUGAAAUAGGAGAAGAAUUAGAUAUAGAUGGACCGCUGCGAGUAGGAAAUUCUAUUAUAGACUCAUUUAUGAUGAGUUACUAUGAUGGUAAGCCAGAUAGUGAAGUCGCUUGGGGAGAAAUAACAACACCCGAACAAUGGGAACUUCUAUCGAAGAUUUCUAAGGAGAAUCAAAAUGUAAGAUUUAAUCUCACAACAGCCUCUACAGAUCUCGCUGGUCCCUUGUUAAAGUACAUGUCCAACGUAUUUUUAGACAAUAACUCGUCAAGGAAAUUCACGUUAUUAGUAGGACAUGAUUCAAAUUUAAAUCCUGUUAUUAAUGCAUUGGAAUUCCAGCCUUAUGUCUUAGUUAACCAAUACGAACCAUUUCCAAUUGGCGGUAAGUUAGUAUUUGAAAAUUGGUCCGACGGUGUAACAGAUUAUUUGAAAAUAGAAUACAUUUAUCAAUCCUGGUUUCAAUUACGAAAUGGCGUUAAAAUCAAUUUAGACAAUCCUCCACAGAGGGUGGUUAUGGAACUCAAAGGAUGUAAAAGUGAUGACAACGGUUUCUGUCUAUGGAGUGAUUUUGUUCAAGUAUUAAAGGAUAUAAUAUAAUUUUC